CCGGGAUUGUUCAGUCGCCAGUUGCUCAUUACAGCUCAUACAAUUAGGAAGGCAGCAGCCUUGAUACCAGUAGUAGAAUUUCUCUUUCGUGUUUAAGACUUUAAAGUCAAACUCAAACCUUCAACAUGUGUGACGAUGAUGUUGCCGCUUUAGUUGUUGACAAUGGCUCCGGUAUGUGCAAAGCCGGAUUCGCAGGAGAUGAUGCACCCCGUGCUGUAUUCCCCUCCAUCGUUGGCAGACCAAGACAUCAGGGUGUCAUGGUCGGUAUGGGUCAGAAAGACUCCUACGUUGGAGAUGAAGCCCAGAGCAAAAGAGGUAUCCUUACCUUGAAAUACCCAAUUGAGCACGGUAUUGUCACCAACUGGGAUGAUAUGGAAAAGAUCUGGCAUCACACCUUCUACAAUGAGCUCCGUGUAGCCCCUGAAGAACACCCCGUUCUCCUCACAGAAGCUCCACUCAACCCCAAGGCCAACAGGGAAAAGAUGACACAGAUCAUGUUUGAGACCUUCAACGCUCCCGCCAUGUAUGUUGCCAUCCAGGCUGUGUUGUCUCUGUACGCUUCUGGUCGUACAACUGGUAUUGUUCUUGACUCCGGAGAUGGUGUCACCCACACUGUACCCAUCUAUGAAGGUUACGCCCUUCCCCAUGCCAUCCUCCGUUUGGACUUGGCUGGUCGUGAUCUUACUGACUACCUCAUGAAGAUCCUUACUGAGCGUGGUUAUUCAUUCACCACAACCGCCGAGAGAGAAAUUGUUCGUGACAUCAAGGAAAAGUUGUGCUAUGUUGCUCUUGACUUCGAGCAGGAAAUGGCUACCGCUGCUUCUUCCUCUUCUCUUGAAAAGAGCUAUGAAUUGCCUGAUGGCCAAGUUAUCACCAUCGGUAAUGAAAGGUUUAGGUGCCCAGAAUCUCUAUUCCAACCUUCCUUCCUGGGUAUGGAAUCUGCUGGUAUCCAUGAGACCACAUACAACUCCAUCAUGAAAUGCGAUGUUGAUAUCAGGAAAGAUUUGUACGCCAACACUGUCUUGUCCGGUGGUACCACCAUGUUCCCCGGUAUUGCUGACAGAAUGCAAAAAGAAAUCACUUCCUUGGCUCCCAGCACCAUGAAGAUCAAAAUUAUUGCUCCCCCAGAGCGUAAAUACUCCGUCUGGAUCGGUGGCUCCAUCUUGGCUUCCCUCUCCACCUUCCAGCAGAUGUGGAUCAGCAAGCAAGAAUACGAUGAAUCUGGCCCAUCCAUUGUCCACCGCAAAUGCUUCUAAGAAGUUUACUUUCUUUCUAGCCCUUAACUUAAAUUUUGGAAUAACGACGAAUACGCUGGACGAAACUUGUAAAAUAUAUAUUUCAUUGAUUGCGUGCUUGGUUACCAUAGACACAACAACAAAACCACCCUUUCUCUCUCUCUCUCAGUGAAGCCGGUUCUUUUAGGAUAUAUUUACCAUCUUUUUAUAUAAGGAAAAAUAACUUAACAUUUGAGAAAGAAAACAUCUAAAUAUGGAAGACCAGGAUGGUCGUAUAUAACACAUAUCUGGUAUGAAGGCUGUCUGUAUAAGGAAAACUAAACUGCUAAAAAUCUGAAAAACAAAAAAAAAAAAACUCAAUCCGUAUUUAACGGAAAGGGACUUACCAACGUAAUAGCAUCCAAGAUGACGAACUAAUUGUAAUACCGCCACUAAUUCGUAAAGAGCCUCUUGAUUUAAACUGGCAAAAGAAACAUCUUCACAAAAUAUUUUUUUUUUAUGUUGGGCUAAAAUUCCGAAACCUUGGUGCUUGAACAAAUAUAUUUUCAGAAAAAAUUAAAUAAGAA